UGCCAUCACUAUCCAAUCCAAUCACGCAGUGUCGCCAGUGUCGCGCGGCGGCGCGAUUUUAGGAAGUUGUACUGAAAGUUUAAUGCGACGCGGACAGCAAAGUUUUUGCUCUGCCUUAGUUCUAAUUACGCUCCAAUUUCUCAAAUAGUGUACUGUGCAGUAGGUAGCGUCCAGAAGCAGCUGUAGCGCUAUCAAUGCUACGGGUACAUGCACGACCGAAGCCUCCUGUGGUAGAGUGACAACAGCCAUCCAAUGGACGAGAUGGAAAAGUUUCUAACGGCAUGCGUCACGAAUAGCAUAACGGCAGCGCGGAAUCUUCUGUUAAACGGAAUUCCCAUCAAUGGUCAAGACGUCGAAGGCAUAUCCGGCCUGCAUGUUGCAGCAGCAAAUGGCCACGUCAGUUUGGCAGAGCUCCUUCUUGAGGAAGGGGCAGACAUCGAUGUGGCAAACAACUGUGGCUGGACACCACUCAUGCAUGCAGCUCAGCAUGGGCAGGUGUCCAUGGUGUCGCUGCUGAUCAGGCACAGUGCAAACAUCAAUGCAACAAAUGUCUUAGGUGCAGGUGCCCUAACACUGGCAGCUGGUGGCGGUCACCAUUCCACCGUGCGUCUCCUUUUAGAGGCUGGGGCAGACAUUGCCGUGGGCAGAUUCCACCACACCUUUGAUCCCAUGCCCCUGACAGCUGCCGCCACCAACGGCCACGCCUCCAUCAUUUUGCUGCUUCUUCAGAAAGGCUGUCCCGUGAAUCAGGCAUACCCCACCACUGGCACGACUGCCCUCAUGCUGUGUGCGGCUGGUGGACAUCUCCAGGCAGCUCAGGCCCUGGUUGAACACGGCGCCGACCCAGACCUCAAGGAUAUGUGCGGCAAGACUGCCCUUGAUAUUGCGGUGGCCUGUACAAAAAUGGAGGUAGCUGAAUUCCUUCGUACCAAGACACAGGUGGCACAUAGCCCAGAACAAAACCCAACCAUCAACGACAUGCUUGAUGCCAUUGGAAAAACUGACUUGAAGUGGAUUAACGAAAUGCUCAAGGAGUACCCUUCGAGUGCCAACUGGACUCAUCCUAUCAAGGGAACCACUCCCCUAAUGUAUGCAGCAGAGUUGGGUCACCUGGACAUAGCUGCACUCUUGGUUCACAACAGUGCAGACAUCGAGCUACAGGACUAUUCUUCUGGGUGGACGGCUCUGAUGCAUGCUGUAUUUCAUGGGCAGACAAGCAUUGUCCGUUAUCUCGUCACUGUGGGAGCCAGUGUUGACGCUCUGGCUUGCAAUGGUGCAACCGCUCUUGACAUCGCUUGUUACAAUGAAAACAUGGAUGCCAGAAUUAGGCAAAUAUUGACUGACAAAGCUGUGGGGCAAAGCUUGCCUCGAGAACCAGCGGUGAUGGUACCUACCGACCCAGGGCACACCAAAGAGCCUCUUGAAUUGCAGCCACCCAAAGGACUGAAGGGUUGGAUUGGACAGGUAACACAAAAGCUUACUCAACUCACAGUCAAGCAGUCGGGGCCCUCAACACCGGGCAUGGCAGUGCCGUCUACAAUCCCUGUAACUCCAAAUCUGCAAUCGCUAAGCCUGUCACCAAUCAGGCCCUGUGCAAUACCAGUUCUGAACAUCUGCUUUGCAGCAGCCCCUGCUUCUUCUUUCCAAACAAGUACUCUUGCUCCAGUUGUGCUUCAGGACCUCUUGGAAAAAAAGACCGCCUUCUCGCCAAUAAUGUCAUCAGCACCAGCGUGCCAUUCGGACUGGGUUACACAAAAACUCUGGGAACCAAAACACCUCAUUCAUCCUCUCAUGAGAUCCAAUCUUGGCCAAGUAUCACAAAUCACGUGGAUCUCUACAGUGCAUAAACAAGCAACGUCCACCUUGUUAAAGAAAGGCACAUCCGUCCUGAAUUGCUCCAGCUACCCCGAUACCAACAAGCUGUCUGAUUGCCAAUCAGCUCCUAUAUCAUCUUCUAGUGCUACUAUAUCCUUCUGUGGCACUCUUCGUGAUCUCUUGAAAGAGCUACACCUCGAGAGAUAUGCAAGCAACUUUGAAGAAAAUGAGGUCAACUUGGAUGCAUUUGUGACUUUGAACCAAGAGGACAUUGAAGCCAUUGGAGUUGAAACUGUUACCAGCAAGGAAGUAUUGUUGGAAGCAAUAUGUCUUCUUCGCAAAGAAAGAAAGAUUUUGUGACUGCAACAAAGUUACCCAUAUAAAAAUGUGACAUUCUGCAGAGCCUUAGUCUGUACAGUUUGUUCAAUAAAGAACCACCUUUAUUUAA